CAAAUAAAUGUCAAUAAUACAAUCAUCACCAAUGUCAAUAAUACUAAUAAUAGUAGUGGAACCAUUAAUACAAGAAAUAAAGAAGGACGUAAAAUGCCACAAAUACCAAUGAGUAAAAGUCUACAAUUUUCAAAACAAAUCAAUCUAACACAAGAACAAAUAUCAACUAUACAGCAAUAUCAUUUACAACAACAACAACAACAACAACAACAGCAACAGCAGCAAAAUGAAUUUCGAGAUAUGAAUUUUCCAUCUCAAAAUCAACAACAACAACAGCAACAAAUUUUUAAACAAGAUAAUCGACAACAGCCACCAAUAUUUCUACCAAAUAGUAAUAAUAAUAAAGUUACGAAUCAAUUAUCACAACAGCCACAACAACAGCAGCAACAACAGAAUAUGUCAGGAAAUAAUAAUUUAGAUAGCCAUCUACAUCAUUCUAAUCAUCAGCAACAAUUUAAUAAUGAAACAUUUUCACAAACAACGUUGGAUCAUGUUUUCGAUCAACCAGAUCCAUCAUCAUAUAGACUUAAACAACGACGGAAAGCAAUACGUAAACCAAGUCUUGAGCGACAAGGUGCCUUAGAGCAAAAUGAUGAACAUAUUGCUGCUGAACAGAGAAGAAAAAGCGUUAUUCAACAACAGAAGCAGAUUCAUCAAAUACCGCAACAACAACAACAACAACAGAAUAAAAUGUUGAUCCAUGAUUCAAUGACAACAGCAACUACGCCUGUUAUUGUCAACGGAAGCUUUAUCGCUGCCUCGAAUGCAAACAACAAUUCUAGCCAAAAUAAUAACCAAACAAGUAAUUUAUUUCAACCGGUGAUUGUUGUUCCAUCUGUACCAAGUACAAAUAAAAAUAAUAACAACAAUCAGCAGCAGCAACAACAACAAUCACCUAUUCCUUCACAAUCUAUGUUAAAUAAUGAUGUUAUUAUGACGGUAAUGAAUAAUGAUGUUCCAAUAUUAACUUUAGAUUCAAAUACAAAGACGAUUAUAAAUAACAAAAUUCUUUCUGAACAACAACAGCAACAACAACAACAACAACAUGUUGGUAAUGAUCAAAAGAUCACUAAUGCAUAUCCGGUGAUUGCCCUUGAUCAUCAAAAUAUUGGUUUCGAACAACAACAACAACAGCCACAACCAACAUCGUCAUCAGUAACAGCCGAAUUUCCGCCAUUAUCGUUGUCACAACAACAACAACAACAAUCUAAUCAUGCUAGUAUGAAAAAAAUAAUUUCGCAAGACACCCUUUCCAGUGAUAUUGUUAAUUGUGAUGGUAAUGGUGAUUGGCAAAGUGAACAGGAUUUCCUUGAUAAACAAUUUGAAGAGAAUUGGUCUCGAAGACAAGCUCAAUUUGAGAUGAUGGAUUUAGAUAAUAAUAACAAACAAGGUCAACAUCAUCAACAAACACCAUUAGGUAUUGUGGGUGGUGGUGAUGGACAAAUUACAAAAAAUUCUUUUGAAUCAUCAAAUCAUCAUCUUGUUACAGGAAUGGUAGAUAAUUGGAAUAGCAAUGAUCAACAGCAGCAGCAACAGCAACACCAACAGCGUGAUCAAAAUCAUUCAUUUAUACAUGAUUCACCUUUUGUUAAUAAUUUUGAUAAUCAGCUCAAACAGAAUAGUAUUCAAUCAGCCAAUAAACAAUUAGAUGAUUCUUCUAUACAAGGACCAAAAUUGGCAAUAGCACCAUCAAUUGUCAUUAGUAAUAGUAAUAAUGAAUUAAUCAAUGCAACAAAUGCCUUAAACAAUGAAAUGAUUAAAAAUACCGAUCAAUCCGAUAUGGCUGGUCCUUUUGCAUCUCAAUUGUCUGAAUCUGAAUUGAAAGAAUUGGGCGAAUUGAAUGACAGUUGUGAUAAUAAUAAAACAUCAAACACAUCAGUUGUCAUAGCAAAUGUUGAUUCUAGUCCAUUUGAUGGCAUUAAAUCUAUUGUCAAUAGUAAUGCUGAUGUUGGUGGUAUUGGUGUUGGCCAGCAGCAGCAGCAGCAGCAGCAGAUGGUUGAUGUUAAUGGUGGUGGUUUGAUCGAUUUACAUGGUUCAAUCAAAACGGAAACAUCUGCAUCAAAAAGUGUUACAUUCUCUGAAGAGGUUGGCAAAAAAAGUCCACCAAGAAUGAAUAGCAUGUUUGAUGGGCCAUUAAUUGUACCAACAAGUACUGAAGGAAUGUCUAAAGCAAGAGCACGUUGGAUAAAUGCAUUUAAUAAGAUUAGCUCUCAUCUUAAUGAGGGCGAUGGAAGACCAGAAGUUAGCGAUAUUUUCAAAAGUCUUGGCUUCAGAGUCGGUGGUGAUAAUCCAUUUUUCAGCGGAAUCGAUGCUAUGCCUGAUAUACGACCACGCAAAAAAUCUAUUCCAUUAGUCAGUGAAUUGGUUUUAAAGACAAUGGCUGCCAAUAAAAGGAAUGCUGGCUUAACAUCGGCCAUCCCACGAGCAUCAUUGAAUGAUGAAGAAUUGAAAACACAUGUCUAUAAGAAAACAUUACAGGCAUUGAUUUAUCCAAUAUCUAGUACUACGCCACAUAAUUUUCAACUUUGGACAGCCACAAGUCCGACAUAUUGUUAUGAAUGUGAGGGCUUAUUAUGGGGGAUUGCACGUCAAGGUGUACGCUGUACAGAAUGUGGUGUCAAAUGUCAUGAAAAAUGUAAAGAUUUACUUAAUGCUGAUUGUUUACAACGUGCCGCUGAAAAAAGUUCAAAACAUGGUGCUGAAGACAAAGCAAAUAACAUCAUAAUGGCAAUGAAAGAACGAAUGAAAAUUCGUGAACGUGAAAAGCCUGAAAUAUUUGAAAUGAUAAGAGACGUUUUUGCUGUUGAACCUGCAUUACAUAUUGAUGAAAUGCAAAAAGCCGAACAGGUGAUGCUUGAUAGCAACUGGUCGGCUAAAAUCACCAUCACAGUGAUUUGUGCACAAGGUUUAAUAGCUAAAGAUAAAAGCGGUACUAGUGAUCCAUAUGUAACAACACAGGUUGGCAAAGUUAAAAAACGUACCCGUACAGUGCCACAAGAUUUGAAUCCUGUUUGGAAUGAAAAAUUCUAUUUUGAAUGCCAUAAUUCAAGUGAUCGUAUCAAGGUACGUGUAUGGGAUGAAGAUAAUGAUUUGAAAUCAAAACUUCGACAAAAAUUAACACGAGAAUCGGAUGAUUUUCUUGGCCAAACAAUCAUCGAAGUUCGUACGUUGAGCGGUGAAAUGGAUGUAUGGUAUAAUCUUGAAAAACGUACUGAUAAAUCUGCCGUAUCCGGUGCCAUACGUCUGCAUAUUAGUGUUGAAAUUAAAGGUGAAGAAAAAGUAGCACCAUAUCAUGUACAAUACACUUGCCUACAUGAGAAUCUCUUCCAUUAUUUGUGUGAGACCGUCCAUAGUGGUUCCGUUAAACUUCCAGAUUAUAAAGGCGAUGAUGCAUGGAAAGUUUAUUUCGAUAAUCCGGCCCGUGAAGUUGUGGAUGAAUUUGCUAUGCGUUAUGGAAUUGAAUCAAUCUAUCAAGCGAUGACACAUUUUCAUUGUUUAUCAACCAAAUAUCUUUGUCAAGGUGUACCAGCGGUUAUGAGUACACUAUUGGCCAAUAUCAAUGCCUAUUAUGCCCACACAUCAGCAUCGUCCAAUGUGUCGGCUAGUGAUCGUUUUGCUGCUUCCAAUUUUGGAAAAGAAAAAUUCAUCAAACUAUUAGAUCAAUUGCAUAAUUCAUUACGAAUUGAUUUAUCAAUGUAUAGAAAUAAUUUUCCUGCAUCAUCACCUGAACGUUUACAAGAUUUAAAAUCUACUGUCGAUCUAUUAACAAGUAUAACAUUUUUCCGUAUGAAAGUACAAGAAUUAUCUAGUCCACCACGUGCUAGUCAAGUGGUUAAAGAUUGUGCCAAAGCAUGCCUUCGAUCAACGUAUCAAUUUUUAUUUGAAAAUUGUACCAAUCUUUAUGGUACUGAAUUUCAAAGUGAACCAUCCGAUAAAAAACAAGAAAAUCCACAAGAUGAUGCUGGACCUAGUUUACAUAAUCUUGAUUUUUGGCAUAAAUUAGUUGCAUUAAUGGUAUCGGUUAUUGAAGAAGAUAAAAAUAGCUAUUCACCUGUAUUGAAUCAAUUUCCACAAGAAUUCAAUAUUGGACAUUUAAGCGCUGCAUCAAUGUGGACAUUUUUCUCUAGUGAUAUGAAAUUUGCAUUAGAAGAACAUGAACAACAUCGUCUUUGUUUAAGUUCAGCAUAUAUGAAUUUACAUUUUAAAUGUAAAUGGUUUUACAAUACUUAUUGUCGUGAUAUACCACAAUUCAAAGAUGUUGUACCCGGUUAUCCAGCUUGGUUUGAACCAUUCGUUAUGCAAUGGUUAAAUGAAAAUGAUGAUGUUUCAUUGGAAUAUGUGAAUGGUGCAUAUAUGCGUGAUAAAAAAGAUGGUUUUCAACAUAGUUCUGAACAUUCAUUAUUCUCAAAUUCUGUUGUCGAUGUUUUUACACAAUUGACACAAUGUUUUGAUGUUAUACAAAAAUUAGAAUGUCCUGAUCCAGAAAUAGUAAAACGUUAUAUGAAACGUUUUGCUAAAACAAUUGUCAAAGUUUUAACUGCCUAUGUUAAUAUUGUCAAAAGAGAUUUUGCAAAUAAUAAUUGUAAAAAUGAAAAAAUUGCUUGUGUUCUAAUGAACAAUAUUCAACAGCUACGUGUUCAAUUGGAAAAAAUGUUUGAAUCAAUGGGUGGUGAAAAAUUGGAAACAGAUGCAGCCGAUAUAUUGAAAGAUCUUCAAGUUACAUUGAAUAGUAAUCUAGAUGAAUUGAGUGCAAUAUUUGGUAAAAGUUUAGAGCCAACAAUCAAAAAAAGUGUUGCCGAAUUAGGACAGCUAUUGUGUCAAGUGAAAGGUAAUUCUGGCAGUUCUGCACAACAAUUACAAACAUUGAAAAGUAGUCCUGAAGUGGCCGCAGAUGCUGAUCUUAUAUUACAUCCACUUAUGGAUCUUUUGGAUGGAAAAUUAUCACAAUUUGCACAAACAUGUGAAAAAACUGUAUUCAAACGUUUAUUGAAAGAAUUAUGGAAAUUAGUAAUGAAUACAUUAGAAAAAACGAUUGUAUUACCGCCAAUGAAUGAAAAGAAUAUUAUUCUUCAAAGUUUACCAAAUGCUAAAAUUGAAGAUGUUGGCCGUUUAUUCAAGAAUAAUCUAUCAGCAAAUCGAUUGACAAAUCUUGGUGUUAUUGAGUCAUUACAGUUUGAAAAGAAUCUAAAUCCACGACAAUGUGCAGUGUUGGAUGUUUCAUUGGAAACAAUGAAACAAUUUUUUCAUGCCAAUGGUAAUGGUUUGAAGAAAACAUUUUUGGAUAAAAGUCCAGAUCUACAAUCAUUACGUAAUGCCUUAUCAAUGUAUACACAAACAACUGAUACUUUGAUUAAAAAAUUUGUCACCACUCAAACUAAACAAGAUUUACCUACACAAGAAGAUGGACCAGUUGGUGAGAUAUCCAUACAGGUUGAUUUGUUUACACAUCCAAAUUCUGGUGAACACAAAGUUACUGUUAAAAUCGUUGCAUGUAAUGAACUUAAAUGGCCAAAUACAACAAUGUUUAAACCAUUUGUCGAAGUCAAUAUGAUUGGACCACAUUUAAGUGAUAAGAAACGAAAAUUUGCCACCAAAUCAAAACACAAUAAUUGGUCACCAAAAUUUAAUGAAACAUUCUAUUUCAUUAUCGGCAAUGAAGAUGAACCAACUUCAUUCGAACUUCAUAUAGCUGUAAAAGAUUAUUGUUUUGCACGUGAAGAUCGUCUAGUUGGUGUUUGUAUUCUACAAUUAGCCGAUAUUGCUGAACAAGGUAAUUGUAAUUGUUGGCUACCAUUAGGUCGUCGUGUUCAUAUGGAUGAAACUGGUUGGACUAUUUUACGUAUAUUAUCACAACGAAAUACAGAUGAAGUGGCCAGAGAAUUUGUUAAACUUAAAUCCGAUGUUCGUAAUGAUGAAUUAGCAGCUAAUCAAGCUACUACCGGUAAUGCUACAUCAACUGGUACAGUGGUCAAUGUUAAUCAAUCACCACAAACAGCAAUAGCACCUAAUUCAGCCAUUGUUUCAUGAUAAGCAAUACAACCCAUUAUUUGUUU